AGGAGGAGGAACAGAGAGAGUCAGAUAAAACGUGAAAAGCAGCGGAGGCACAACACGCUGGAUGGAGUCUCGUGUCCCUGUCACCCUUCAUGGAUUCAGCCCGCUGGCAUUACAACCAUACCCGCAGCCAACCUCUAGGACACUGCCCCCCAUCUGGAUAAAGAACUUCUCUAUUUCCAAGUGAGCUCCAAAGUGCAGACACUCAGGGGAUAGGAAUCACUCAAGAGUGAAAGCAAGUCAAUCUGUAUGUUGUGUCAACCGUAUAUCUACCCAUUGAAGACUUUGUGGAAUAUGGGAAGGAUUUGAUGUCCUCCUGCCUGUUAUUAUGAAGUGACAACCAGCCAUAGAAUGACACUGGAUCAAUAGAUUUCUGCCCCCAGAUGUGGAGUAAUAUUAUUUUCUCCCUAAAAGCCCUGGCUGGUAAUAGAUGGAAUCAUUUACCUUGGCUGGCUGACCUGCAUCACAUAGCUCUAGUUGUCUACAAUGCCGGUUUCUAUAAUGGCCUCCAGUGGCAUCACAUCCCUCUACUGGGAAGUCUUUCCUUCGAUGCCCACGUGCCGGGUUUAUUGCACACCAGCAUACCAAGAUGGCCAUUUGUACGUGAUUGGAGGUUGUAGCAAAAUGGGACUUCCUUUGGACACAGUGGAAAUGUUGGAUGUGGUGUCUCAAACAUGGGCUGUGCUACCAUCAUUGCCAACCCCCCGAGCUGGAGCUGCAGCAGUUACGGUGGGGAAACAGGUUUUGGUGAUUGGUGGUAUGAAUUAUGACCAGUGUCCACUGGCAACAGUGGAGAUCUACAACAGCGAUGAGGGAAAGUGGGAAAAAAAGGCUCCAUUGUGCCAGCCAUCCAUGGGGAUCAGUGCCAUCGAAAAAGAUGGGAAGAUUUAUGCUCUUGGAGGAAUGGGCACAGACACCUCCCCUCAGGCCUUGGUAAGACUCUAUGAGCCAGUUAAAGAUAACUGGGUGCCGCUUCCCUCCAUGCCCACACCACGUUACGGAGCCUCCUCUUUCUUGCGUGGAAAUAGAAUCUAUGUCUUAGGUGGUAGGCAAGGUAAACUUCCGGUAACAGCCUUUGAAGCCUUGGACCUAGAGGUAAAGAGCUGGACUCGAUAUCCCGGCAUCCCAAGCAGGCGUGCCUUUGCCAGCUGCACCAUGACAGAGACUUCUUUCUUCAGUCUUGGUGGUUUACAGCAACCCGGACCCCACAACUUCUACUCCCGGCCACACUUUGUAAACACUGUGGAAAUGUUUGACUCUGAGCAAGGAAUCUGGUGCAAACCCUACCGAUCCACGCGAUUGAGGGAAAAAAGAGCAGACUUUGUGACAGGAUACCUGGGAGGCCGAGUGGUGGUAGCAGGAGGACUGGGUAAUCAACCUUCCCCCUUAAACUCAGUAGAAGGCUUUAACAUGGUGAAAAAGAGAUGGGAAUUUUUGCCAUCCAUGCCAACAGGAAGAUGUUCAUGCUCAAGCAUUCAGUCCGACAACAUGCUCUUCGUUAUCGGUGGAGUAGCACAGGGGCCCAGCAGUGCUGUGGAAGCUUUAUGUGUCUUGGAGGACAUAUGAGAAGGACCUUAAAAAUCAUGAAAACUUAACCAACAAUGUUGGUAGUGGAAAGUGCCUGAUCAUCUCUGGUCAUGUAGAUUGGAGACUUACAAUGUUCGAUUAUCUGCUGUUCUUCAGUCAAACAUAAAAAGCAGAAGAUGGAUGAAGACCAAGGAGAGGUAUCUCUCGAUGAUCCCAGGACAUUAUUAGUCAUGGUCACCUUUAUAUAAGGCCAAGUAUAGAUUCAUCCGAGUAGUGCAGUUGAGUAAGACCAACUGAGUAAUAUUCUAGGAGUAAAGUAGAGAGCUGUAUCCAAACUGACUCACACAUAUGGAAGCAUAUGGAAGAUGAUACAAAAAGAUAAAGUAGACCAAAAAUAAGGUAGUAGAAAGUAAUAUUUACUAAUAUGAUUGACAAUCCUACUUGUAUUAAUUCAAAAACUUGUCCAUUGUUGUUAAGUUUGGAUGUUUAAAGCCAGAUUCUUACUGUAUGUUUUGGACAACAUGUGACUCUUUAUAAGGGAUUUAUUUUUUAUUAAGAUUUUGUUUUCUGUUUUCAACACGCAAUUGUCUUAAAAAUUAUUCAGUGUAUGCAUAAACUAUAUGAUAAAAAGUUUCAGCAAACA